AUGGUGGCGGCGGGUUUGGAAGAGAAAGCCCUGACACUGCUGGACAACUAUCUGAAGCUCCACAAACCUGUCGAUGGCUACGAUUCAGGAGACCUCCUUGCUUUGUGGUACGCCUUGAAGUGGCGCAAGUCAGGCAAGAAGCCGAAAUUUGUUGGCAAGGUGGCCCUGGUUCUGCUCAAGAAUUCACACAUGAAGGUAGUUGUUGACGAUGACGGCACAAUGCUGGAUGCGGGCGUGGCAAGCUGGGAUGAAGAAACCCUGAAGUCCGUCACUGUUCCAGAUGUGAUUCGGGACUGGCGAUUGUUUAGUGAUGCACUGUGCUUCUUGACCGACGGUGAAGUGGGUUUUGAACCCAUCGUGGUGGAAGACUGCUGGGAGGUCUUGACCAAGGCCCACAACCCUUUAUGGGAUUCAAAAUACCAGCGCUGCUUAUCCCACACUGACUUCGGGGCGCCAGAUUUUGUGGCGGCCUUGUCAAAGUGGGAGGACGGCUACGCCAAGGACAAUGGGGGCCAGUCCGAUAUUGUGGCCUUCCAUCUGCUCUUUCCUGCAGGCAGACCUCCUGAGGCAAAAGUCACAAUCACAGUGGGUGGCAUCGCUUGCAGCACAGUUGGCCACAAAGCUUUCAAGGGACGUCCUGCCUACCAGGAUGAGGGUCUCAUGUGGGCGCGACAUCAUCGAGUCUUCUGGCUGUUCCAUGAGACCCAUCACCUAUACGAAGCCGAAUUUCAAGAUCGAUUCGACUUUGCGGAGCUCAUCAAAAAGACGGACCAUCCCAUGUUUCAGUACGACAACUGGAUGGAGGAGUUCAAAGGUGGAAGCGAGUUCUUCCCAGGUGGGCACUGGCAUGGGGAGAAUGAGUUUGACUGGUAUGUGCAGAGCAUCACAAAACGCCUGGCUCCCAUGAGUGAUCCGACUUUGGGAGAAGGUUGGAAGUCCUGGUGGGGCGGCCGAGAGGCUGAAGAAAACGGUGCCUACUAUGACUUUGCCUCUGAACAUCAGGCCAUGUGGAAUGCGAACGUGGAGGAGGACUGGGAAAAGGUCUGCAAGCUCGCUGGAUCCCAGCUGCGGCCCAUGUCCUUCAAAAGGCUUGGCGAGCACAAUUUCCGCAACGUAGUGACCGUGGCGGUGAGGGGCCUCACUCUCAACGGGAAGCCCCUGGAUGGUCCUGUCUUGGAGGCUUUGCGCGAAGGUAUGGAGGUCUUGGAGUACCCAGAAGACCGUGCAUCCGAGCUCAUCUAUGGCAUCCCAGAAGAAAAGAAAGAGGAGCUGCUGAAAUUGUACCAGGGCUUGGAGAAGCCAAAGGGGACCUCGAAGCCAAAGCUUCAGAAGAAAAAGAGCAAGGUUAUCAGCAUCAUUGAUGACCACCAUCAGAUGUUCGACGCAUUCCGCACACAAGAUUGGGAAGAGGUGCUGGAGCACGUUGGUACCCAGGUGACGAAGGAAGCCUGGCAACGCCUGGGGGAUGCAAACUUCCAGAACUGCUUUGCCAUGUCCUUCACGGCCCUGGGCUUCGGGCAGUCAAGUCCAAAGGAUGUCGAAGAGGCUGUGUCUUUGCUGCGCAAAGGUCUGGAGAUGACAGGGUGGCCCUUGAGCACCUUUGAGCCCCAGCUGGCCAACCAUCCAAAGAAGUAUGAAGUCCUCAAGCCCUUCGCGCCUGCAGACGAUGCAGAGGGCCUCUACCAUGACUUCAUCACGGAGCAUCAAGCAAUGUGGACCGCUAAUGUGCAGGAGGAUUGGGAGACAGUUUGCAAGCUCGCCGACUCCCAGCUGCGACCCCUCUCCUUUAAGAGGCUGGGAGAGCACAACUUCCGCAACGUGGUCACGGUAGCAGUGCGGGGCCUCACGCUCAGCGGGAAGCCAUUGGACGGUCCGGUCGUGGAGGCCUUGCGCAAAGGCAUGGAGGUCCUUGGAUAUCCAAAAGAGCGGGCCACCGAGUUGAUUUACAACAUCCCAGAUGAGAAGAAAGCUGAACUUCUACAACUGUUUCAAGACAUGUAG